AUGAUGAAUAAGCUACCAUACAUAAUGAUAACCGCUGCUACGGGAAGUCGCGAUACGAUGUUCACAAAAAUCUUCGUAGGUGGUCUACCGUAUCAUACCAGUGACAAGACGCUUCACGAAUAUUUUGAACAAUUUGGCGAUAUCGAAGAGGCCGUCGUUAUAACAGAUCGUCAAACACAGAAAAGUCGAGGAUAUGGCUUCGUAACAAUGAAAGAUCGUGCAGCUGCCGAACGUGCUUGUAAGGACCCAAAUCCGAUCAUCGACGGAAGAAAAGCAAACGUUAAUUUGGCAUAUUUGGGAGCAAAACCACGUACCAAUGUUCAGUUGGCUGCACUGGCGAAUCAGGUUCAGUUGCCGCUGCAGACUCAGUUACAGGCGCUAUUCCCGACACGUAUUGGGUGA